AUGAAGCAAUCCUCAAUCCUUUAUGAAAACGCAUCACAAACCGUUUUCCUCAUUGACAUCCCCACCUCCAUCACACUAUCUCAGGAACUCUCCCGAACACAGCAACUGCAAUUAUCACAACCAGAACCACCAACAUCUACCAAAAAAAGACAUCUACUAUCCACAUCACCACUAAAAGAACCAUACCUCUCACCCCCAGAACCCAAAACAGAUGCCGCAAGAGCAAGGCUUCUAGAAAGGAUUCCCCUCGUCGAGCGGGAAUAUCAUGCAAAUUUGAUUACGCCGUUAGUGAGGGGUGGGUUGAGUGAAAUUCGAGGAUGCUAUGACCAGGAGUGGUGUCUUGAGAGGGUUACUGUUGAAGCUGGGGAAGAGUCUCGGAAGAGAUCUUGUGAGGAUGUGCAUGAUGACUAUGAUGACCAUGGUUAUGGCUACGGUCAUGGAGCAGAUGACUCUCAACCACCCGUGAUCCUAUCAUCUACCUGCACGAACCACUUCGAGUCCAUGACCGAGUUUUCCAAUGCAAUUGUCAAAAACGUCUCGCAGCAGGUCGCCUUACUAGUCAUCCCCGGAGAGUCCCCAACAAAGCCACGCGUCUUCACCAUCCCAGCACUAUCCAACUUUUCUCUCUGCACACUAUCAACCUCCCAACCCAACCCAGCACAAUUCCUCAUCCCAGGUCUCUCCCAAUCCUACAAAUUCAACCUAAUCCUCCUAGACCCGCCAUGGCCGAACCGUUCCGUCCGCCGGAGCCGUCACUACAACACACAGGCGUAUUUCGACAUGGACAAUCUUUAUCGAUACAUUCGUGUUAUCCUGCGGAUGCAUUUACUCAGCCCAUCCUGUCCUCCAGAGACAGAAACGCAAGAAACGCAAAGUAAAGAAUGUAUAGCGGCAAUAUGGAUAACCAACGCAGAGAAACCCCGGAAAGCAGCCUACGACGCUAUUCACGAUGCAGGGCUUGCCAUCUGCGAGGAAUGGGUUUGGGUUAAGACUACUGUGAGCGGGGAGCCGAUUAUGCCUGCUGAGGGGCUUUGGCGGAAGCCGUAUGAGGUUCUUGUUAUUGGGAAGAGGAGGAAUGGGUUUGAGAGAGGGGAUUGGGAUGGGGAGAUUGUUAGGAGGGUUAUUGCGGCGGUGCCGGAUGUUCAUUCGAGGAAGCCGAAUUUGAGGGAGGUACUCGAGAGGGUGUUCUUUGGGGACUGGGGGUAUGAGGCGUUGGAGGUGUUUGCGAGGAAUUUGACGGCUGGGUGGUGGAGUGUUGGGAAUGAGGUGCUUAAGUUUAAUGACGAGAAGUGGUGGGUUUCCGAGUAG